AUGGGCAGAGAGUCCUGUGCAGCACCGAGAAGCCAGUGGAGAGCCAAGAGGCCAACGGAGAGCCGAAAUGCCUGUGGAAACCCAAGAGACCUGCCAAGAGCUGAGAGGCCUGCCCAGAGCCGAGGAGUCAGCAGAGAACCAGGCUGGCAGAGAGGCCCAAGGAGACCCAGGCUAGUAGAGAAGCCUGUGGAGGGCGGGGAGGCUUGGAGGAAGGAGGAAGGAGGAAAAAGCGAGGCGGGGACUAACCCCCUUGGAGGUGCAGCUGCGCCUAGGACAGGGCAGUUGCAGACUAAUAGAGAACAUAUUUUCCUAACACUAGAAGGAAUGUCUCCAUGGUUAAUGACAGUAAUAUUCUUAAUAGUUGGAAGGACUUGUGGAAUAUCGGUGACCCAGAAGGAAAGCCGCAUAUCUGUGUUGGAAGGGGCUUCCAUGACCAUAGACUGCACUUAUACAGCAACAGGGUACACUUAUCUCUUCUGGUAUGUCCAGUAUCCUGGAGAUGGUCUCCAGCUUCUCCUGAAAGCCAUCACAGCCAAUGAGAAGGGAAGCUAUAAAGGAUUUGAAGCCAGAUAUGACAGAGAAAACACCUCCUUCCACUUGAAUAAAGCUGCAGUCCUAGAGUCAGACUCGGCUGUGUACUACUGUGCUGUGAGUGACACAGUGGCAGAAACCACAGGGGGAGCUAAGCACAAACUGAGGGACAGCAGAG